UCGAAAUGGCUCGCUUGGAUCGAAGGAAAUUGGCCGCUCCCGCAAGACCAAAGGCUGGAAGGCGUAUAUAGCUGGGGCGGCCAGCGAAACGAAAUAAAAUGUGACGUCCAGUUGUUGCAUCCCCCCGCCCCCCUCCAGAUGCCCCACGGCGGUUACGCUCACUUUCAACAAAAGUUAAUUCCACUGUCAAGGCAGGCCCUUGCACACAACACUGACGACCGUCGCGCUCAUCCUCCUCCUAGAACGACAGCAUACUCGAGUUGCGCAUAUUCCUUAAUGUAACGAUGACGGCCAACUGUUCGUCUUUCUUUACCGCUUGUGUCUCGUCGGGAAGAGCAACUAUCGCCAGCGGUCCCCCUCUACGCAGCGCAUGCCAGGCUUGUCGUGCGCGUAAAAUUCGAUGCAGUGGUCAAAUUGAAGGAUGUGAUCGAUGUCGAGUGCUUUCAAAAACAUGCAUCUAUGUUCCGAGACAGAAGCUAGGUCGCCCAAGCUCGAAGCCGCAGAACGGCCGCACCGCGAGAUCUGGCCAUACUCGUACUCCUCGCGCUGAUCCUCGACAUGCUGCUAUGCCAAUUGACCUUGACUUGAGCAGUAUCUUGGAGUCUACUCCUCCCAGCUCCACCACAACCUCCCCUGUUGCGGAUUUUCCUAGUCCCCAACCAGUAGGCACACCAAAUCGUUUGCCAAUACCGCACGCCAGUCCCCGGUUGUCGGUCCGAGACUCUGGCGACGAAGAUCUUUUCCGGAGCAUCCCCGAUAUGAUUGCAUUUUCUUCCCCAGACUCGCGACAACCCUGGCUUAUGCCGACGGAAUCGCGCAAGACCUGGUCGCCCAAUUCCCUCUCAGUUCCAGGUGGCGGACACCAUCAUGUUUGUUUCUUGGCUCUGUCCCGACGGCUGCUCCGCGUGGUGCUUCGUCCUCACCUAGACUUGGCGCAGAAGAACAGAGCGGUCUGCCGUACCUCCCCGGAGCUGCACAGUUCGGGUGAAGAGUUAUCUAACACGCUCGAACCAAUGCCACAUACCUCGCCGUGCCCUCAUAACUGGGAAACAGCACAGCAGGAUCUCAAGACUCUAGACGGAGCGGAGACGUUCCAACUUAUUGAGACGUUCUUCCUGUUCCAUCCCCUCUCCUACCUGGUGAACAAAACCCUUUUCCACAAAUCGCAAGCGACGCAGUCCUCCCCGGGGCCUCUCACUUUGGCUGUGUUGGCCGCGGCUUCGUGCUGGCGGCAGGCGAUCGGCACAUGCAGGGAUGACGAGUCUGCGGCUCCACAUUCUUCCACCGAAUGCAACGGGGAGUGCGAGCGAGCCUUUUCAAUAGCCCUGGAAGCGAUCUAUAUCCGUGUCGACGCCUGCUUAUCGCUCGAGAUGCUGCAGACCCUCCUUAUCGUCAUCUUUCAGCGAUUGCUAGUACCAGCCGGUUCGCCAAAGAACAUGCAAGAAAUGCAAGGGAUAAUCCAUUUGGCGUGGACACUCGCGCAAAACUUGCGCAAAGAAUACCCCCUUCAAAGCUCUCAGCAGCAUCCAGCCAAUACCCCGACUUUAGCUUCUGCACACCGGCGCGGGUCCAUCUCUCAGGAGGACGUCGAGAGCGAACUGGUAAACUUUUGUUGGUGGACGUGCGUCGUAUUCUCGCUAUACAGUCGCAUUGUGUCCGGCUUGUCCCCAACGAUCCUCUUGUCUGCCAUGGAACCGAGGCCGGCUAAUGCCGCACUUUGCGCGCAACAAAAAGGUUCUUUGUCAAGUAAGUAUGAUCUCCAGCAUCGUAAAAUGGUGCCAGAGUCAGUGUAUGCCUCGCGGUUGAGUACGUUCGUUGCUACCACCGAAAUCUGUCUCUUGGCCGCAUGUAUUAUUGACACAAACCACGGUACCCACAUUGACGAGACUCCCCAGAUACGUUCAAUGCCACCGAGUAUGGCGAAUAUCCGUCAACGUUUCAAUAUGAGCAUGGAAGCUCAAGCUCUUAGCCACACGGACAAUGUGACUGGACAAACUCGGCAGCUCUUGUUCCAGAUGCUUUAUCUGAGAUUGAUUCCGGAGAAGCAUGAGACAGAAGCUAUGGUUUACGAACCUAAUCAGGCGAACGGACUGCGAAUACCGCACCACGGCAGCUCCAAACUACAAGGUCUGGUGGCCGACCAGAAGCGGACGGUAAUCACGGCAGGCGAAUGGGAUACAGCAGUGACGACAGUCCAAUCUAUCUUGGACAGCAUGGCGUUGCUGUAUGGCAGCCGAACAGGGACGGCAGACGAGUCAUGCCAGAGGGAACGCUUUCUCCUGUGUUGGCUCGGGCUUGAGGUCUGCAUUGGAGUUUUCCGCAAGCUGAGUUGCAGCUUAAACAGCUGGAUAAAAGCUUUCAACUGCCACCAAAGCGACCACGCGAUGAACCACGAUUGGCAGACUUGGCGCAGAGUCCAGGCGUCCCUGCUGGCGAGUAUGCACAAGACUCGCCACUUGCUCGAAAGCGUCCCGCCGGUAGCGACGAAGCCGAUACUUCAGCACUACCUGCAACAGCUGAUUUCUGUGCGGCAACAACAGCAACAGCAGUUGCAUAGAUUUUACACUUCAGAGAUGCCCCAACACCAACCCCAGAUCGAUCCGUAUCAGCAGCAGGAGCAUCUUCAGGUGGUUUCACCUCAAAAGCCGCAGCCGCACCAUCCUCGUCCUCAGCAUCAGCAUCAGCAACAGCAACCGCCACAACCCACCGACGCUUUGGACGACUAUCUGUGGGACAACCCCGUUCACUCCCAGCUACCAUCUACACUUCACGACUCACGCAAUGUCCAAUCUGUCUGGUCACCACCCGAGGAGACUCAAGCAUCGUUCACGCUAGAUCUUGAGGCACCUGUGGAAGGCGCCGCGUUUUGCGGGUUCGGUUGUUGAGUGUUGGAUCCGAAAUCAGCUCCCAGUUUAAGCGGGGAGAUAUCUCGCUUCCCACCACGCCUUUCUACGGCGUUUUCCCAGCCCUCCAACGGCAACCUGCCCCUCGCUGCCUGGCGAAAGUCUUGAGGUCGACCUG